AACAACCCAAGCUAAGAUUAUCACUUCAGUCGAAUCGUUAUACAUAUUAAACCAAACCGACUUGACGAUGAGCCACUUCGACUAUCUGUUUAAGGUUCUCGUCCUGGGUGACAGCGGCGUGGGCAAAUCCUGCCUGCUAAUGCGUUUCUCGGAUGACCGAUUCACCGAGAAAUACCUGAGAACGAUGGGCAUAGAUGUCAAGGCGCGCAGCGUGGAGCUGGUCAGUCGGGUGAUGAUGCUGCAGGUCUGGGAUACCUCCGGCGACAAGCGCUUCAAUUCGCUGAUGCCGUCCAAUUAUCGCAGUGCCCAUGGCAUACUGCUCGUCUACGACAUAACGUCGUCCAAAAGUUUCCAAAACAUCGAUGGCUGGAUGAAGGAGAUACGGCGCAUGUGUCCGGAUAAGGUAACCGUCCUGCUGGUGGGCAACAAAAGUGAUGAUCCGAACCAUCGCCAGGUGAGCAUGGAGCAGGGGUUCAACUAUGCCCAUCGUGGGGCACUCGGCUUUGAAGAGGUUUCCGCCAAGAGUGGAAUGAAUGUAUAUGACAUAUUUAGCUCGUUGGCAAUGGACAUAUACCAUCGUUAUGUACUUCACAACCCGAUCAGCCCGAUGCCAUCUGAGCAGGAAGAGGAGGACGCUGCAGAGUCACCGGAUUAACCAAUUAAUCUAAUCUAGCACAGAUCUGCAGAGGGCCAAUGAAUGACACCAAUACCUGCUGUUAAGCAUCUCGACUUCAUUUGACAUUUUUAUCAUUAAUAUAAAUUAAAAUUUCUAUAAUGUCUACUUGCACAAC